AUGCGCGUCGCUAUUCUCGCUGUCGCCAUUCCGGGAGCGCUAGCUCAAAUUUGGAGUGACCAAGUCUGCAAUGGCAACGGUGGUUGCGUAACUUGGGGUAUUGGUCCAGGAAACCACCCUUGGGUUUGCCCGGAUGGUAGCCGUCUGACUAUACCUAUUUAUACUGGCGACUGGCGAGAUGCUGGCCGGCCAAACGUUCCAGCUGCGAAGCCGGAAGACUUUCCCAAGACUUGCUAUCUUGGGAGAUAUCCCGCUGCAGGCGAUAAGCUGAUGAAAACUACCACCCGUGGUGGCCAAACGCUAUAUACAUGGUUGAGAUCGAACUGCAAAGAUGGAAAGCCAGCAGCGCCAGGCAACUGCUAUAACUUCAAUCCCAACCCGACAGGUGUCGACUUUUGCGGACUUUAUGACUCGAAUGGAGGCCUGUGUGCGACGAACAGGACUGCAGGAGAGUGUGAACGUUGGGGCAAUCUUUUGCGACCCCAGUGCGAUUACUGGAAGCCAGGUCUUGUGGAUAUUCCUGAACCGUAUUACCAAGGCAGAGUUUACUAA